GGUUCCUACUUCAUUUUCUCGAAACUCAGUGGGCGUGGCGCGAAGGCUGAGCGAGUGUAGCAGGCGGCUGCCGUAUCUCCGAAAGCCGACAUGACCCGGUAUGCGCAACUGGUCAUGGGCCCCGCUGGCAGCGGGAAGAGUACCUACUGUGCCACCAUGGUCCAGCACUGUGAAGCCCUCAACCGCUCUGUUCAAGUUGUAAACCUGGAUCCAGCAGCAGAACACUUCAACUACUCCGUAAUGGCUGACAUUCGGGAACUGAUUGAGGUGGAUGACGUAAUGGAGGAUGAUUCUCUGAGAUUCGGUCCCAAUGGAGGAUUGGUAUUUUGCAUGGAGUACUUUGCCAAUAAUUUCGACUGGCUAGAGAACUGUCUUGGCCACGUAGAAGACGACUAUAUCCUUUUUGAUUGCCCAGGUCAGAUUGAGUUGUACACUCACCUGCCUGUGAUGAAACAGCUGGUCCAGCAGCUCGAGCAGUGGGAAUUCCGAGUCUGUGGAGUUUUUCUUGUUGAUUCUCAGUUCAUGGUGGAGUCAUUCAAGUUUAUUUCUGGCAUCUUGGCAGCCCUGAGUGCCAUGAUCUCUCUAGAAAUUCCACAGGUCAACAUCAUGACAAAAAUGGAUCUGCUGAGUAAAAAAGCUAAAAAGGAAAUUGAGAAGUUUUUAGAUCCAGACAUGUAUUCUUUAUUAGAAGAUUCUACAAGUGACUUAAGAAGCAAAAAAUUCAAGAAACUGACUAAAGCUAUAUGUGGACUGAUUGACGACUACAGCAUGGUUCGAUUUUUACCUUACGAUCAGUCAGAUGAAGAAAGUAUGAACAUUGUAUUACAGCAUAUUGAUUUUGCCAUUCAAUACGGAGAAGACCUGGAAUUUAAAGAACCAAAGGAACGUGAAGAUGAGUCUUCUAUGUUUGAUGAAUAUUUUCAAGAAUGCCAGGGUGAAUGAAGAGUUUCCUAAAAAGUAACCGUCUAUACAUGAAGAGCUUGUGGCCAAACAAGCAGAACAGUCUUCUCUUCAAAGGAUGCAAUAGUAGAAACUACCUAUUUUAAUGAAAAAGUAAUAUUUAAAAAAAAAAAAAAAAGUAAUACUUCAUUCUGUAUCAGCUGCAUGCCUGAAUCAAGUUUUUAAUUAUCCUGAAGCUGCUGCUGUUUAAAGUGGAAUAUUUUAGUAGUAUUAUAACAGCAUCACUUUAGAUUUUGUAAGUCAGAAUUGAAAUGAAUGCACAUAGAUUUAUGUGUAAUAUAAAUUCGCACCUAACUAAGGUUAAGGCUAGUCUAAUGUUAUUUUCACUUUUUGUGUUGUUUUUGAGAUGCAGGAAUUACUGUAACAAAAUAUGUAUGUCUGAAGGGGAAAAGUUGGAAAGAUAUACAUAAGAUCAUUGCUUAUCUGUACCUUCCCAUUUUCCUAUAUUGAAAAUGUAUAUUAUUUAUAUAACUUAAAAAGUAAAAAUAACUAUGUUUUGAGAUAUGUAUGUAUAUAUAUAUAAAAGAAACAAAGGUUUUUAAUCAUUUUUGGUCCUA